AUGGUUCAACUACAUAACUUUUUCUUUUUCAUUACUUCCAUGGUCGUUCCUCGUGGCACGGCAGCACCCGUACUAUUGAAAUGGUUCGUCAGUAGAGAUGUUCCCACAGGUGCCCUUUUUUCCAAUGGUACUAUAAUUCCUAUUCCUAUCCCUUCAUUCCCUCUUUUGGUCUAUCUACAUUCCAGGAAAUUCAUACGCUCCGCGGACGGAGCAAAAAGUGGAGUCUUGGUCAGAUCAAGCCACCCUAUUCUAUUACCAGACAUAAUUGGGAGAAGCUCAUCCGAAACUAGAGCUAGAAACGCCUUAUUUCGUUUCGUUUCCGUUCUUCAUUUCCUUCUUCUCGAAUCCAAGGGGGACUUCUCAUAUUUAGAAUCUUUCUGCGGUGUGCUCCGUUUACUAUUCUUUCGUACUUUCUUCUUUUUACCAUGCGAUAGGUCAGCGAAGCCUGAGCGGGUGCGGAGAAGGAAAGGCCAAACACUUCGGCCUAACGGGAAUGAGCAACGACGAAAUGAGAAGAUGAGGUGCCUCGGGCACCCCCAUUUAGAAAGAAGGGUCGAAGGUUUUGGGCCUGUAGCUUUCCCCGUCCCCCCUUCGUCGGGCGGUGCUUGUGUGGAGGGUGCGCCACCUGAAAUCGGGCUUGAAGCUCUCACCUUACCAAUAAGCCGAGAGCUGAUGGUUGUUGGUCACGACUACUAUCAAAAAGCUCCUAUGAAGAUGAAUAUUUCACAUGGAGGAGUGUGCAUCUUUAUGUUGGGUGUUCUUCUGUCGUGCGACCCGGCGGCUUAUGUGCGACCUGUGGCCCACGCCUCCUAUUUGUUUAGGGCGGGCGGCGUGAACUCUGAUUCGAUCCAGGUAUUCAAUCCCGCCGCUGAGAUGCUCAGUUGACUCCUUAACCUUGAUAGGAAGAUGGCUUAUUCAAUAAUUCGUGCAUAAGGGUAAGGAACUUUGGAUGAACUAAUGCGAAUGGGUGUAAGCCUCGCUGCUCGGAAACACCCAGUGCUGACCACACUGAGAGACACGAAAGCGCA